AUGCCGACGCCUUUGGAUCGCGCAUUAAACUCCAAGAACCUAUUUCUAGGGUUUGCCGGCAUGGUGACUGCAGCGGCCGCUUGGGCCAUCUGGGGUGGCGAUAUGUUCCCGGCUGAAGCUGACCCAACUGGAGAUCCGGAAAACUGGACUGCAGAUGAAAUGCGGACAUGGCUUCGAGUUAGGGGCCUUUUGCCCAGCGAAAGCGCAUCGCGUGACGAGUUACUCGAGCGCAUCAAAGCAAAUAUGCGUGUACCGCGAAGAUCUGCGGCCCAGUGA